UCAAUGAUACGUGUAAUAUAUUCAUAAAAAAGCAAAGAAAAUGAAUUUGUCUUUCGUUGCAAUUCUUAUCCUUAUACUUUCCUUUCCAUCCCCGUCAAUCUCAGUGAGAUGCAAUCCAAAAGACAAACAAGUUCUUCUGCAGAUCAAGAAAGACUUGGGCAAUCCCUACCACUUGGCCUCAUGGGAUCCAAACACAGAUUGUUGUUAUUGGUAUGUUGUAAAAUGUGACAGGAAAACCAACCGGAUUAAUGCUCUCACUGUCUUCCAAGCCAAUAUCUCCGGCCAAAUUCCUACCGGUGUCGGCGACCUCCCGUAUCUCGAAAUCUUGCAAUUCCAUCACAUCACAAAUCUCACUGGAACCAUUCAGCCUACUAUUGCUAAGCUCACAAAUCUCAGAAUGUUAAGACUCAGCUUUACUAAUCUCACUGGUCCUAUUCCUGAGUUUCUUAGCCAGCUCAAAAAAUUGACUCUACUAGAGUUAGACUACAACCAAUUGACUGGAACAAUACCGGCAUCACUUUCUCAACUUCCUAAUUUAAAUGCUAUUUACUUAGACCGCAACAAACUCACUGGACAAAUCCCAGAAUCAUUUGGGAAAUUCAAAGGACAAAUACCAGAUAUUUACCUUUCCCAUAACAGCCUUACUGGACAAGUGCCAAGAUCCUUAGGUGACUUAAACUUUAGCACACUUGAUUUCUCAAGGAACAAGCUUGAAGGAGAUGUUUCUUUCUUGUUUGGGAAGAACAAGACUAUUCAGACAAUUGAUCUGUCGAGGAACGCAUUGGAGUUCGAUCUUUCCAAAGUGGAGUUACCUGAGAGUUUAACAUCAUUGGAUUUGAACCAUAAUCGGAUUUUUGGUAGCUUACCACAAGGAUUGAAAGACUUACAGUUACAGUUUUUUAAUGUGAGUUAUAAUAGGCUCUGUGGACAGAUUCCACAAGGUGGAACGUUGCAGACCUUCGACAUGUACUCUUAUUUGCACAACAAAUGCCUUUGCGGCUCUCCUUUGCCGGACUGUAAGUAAGUUCAGUGAUCGAUCCACGGUUUCAGAGUGCUGGGUGGGGUUUUCUGAAACCGACGAAUUUAGUAUUUAUAUAAAUAAUUUUAGUAAUUAUAUAAUGAAUCCAUAUAAUUAUAUUAUGUUAUUGGUCCAGUUGAGCAGAGAAACUUGUUGAAUCUGCCUCUAUUUGCUGGACAACUACUUUAUUACAAACUGUACUAGCUCAAUAACGAGUGCAUAUAUCACUGCUGUUCAUAUGUACUUUCACGUCCUAAUAUCAAUAUAAUGUUUUUCCUCUUUU